AGAAAUUGUCAGUCAGUUAAUUGAUGUUCGGCGCACCUGGAAGAGUUAUAAUGCUACGACGCUAUUAGAUACAUUCAUAUAAAUGUAUGAAAUAUAAGGGAACGAGUGUUGUGAGCACUGGGAACACCCCCUACCACAACCCAACUGCACUCUGUUCCCACCCAGAGCCAAGUAAAACAGCUGACUGCCUCGUGUUGAGAUCUGCGCCUGCGCUGCUUUGGCGCCCAAUAAAAAUACGGGGUCCAAUUCAUUCAAUUGCAUAACAAAUACGCAAGGAAAAUAACGGUAUCGUUAUCGUGUGUGCCCACGCUCAGUCAGAUACUGACGUGCCUGUCCCAACGGUCGUGUGCGCGGAUUCCCCCCACUGCGCUUCCCGCGUUUUAUAGCUGGAAAAAGUGUCCAUCAAUCCGGGACAAACUCUCCAUUUCAUCCGCCAAAGAACGCAAAGGGCAGCCGAUCGAAUGGAUUAAUAAUUGCGAGAAAACGUAGUAUGCCCUGCCCAUGUAAUAGCUGCACUUCGAGUGGAACACACUGCUCAUAGCAUCGGUCCAGGACUUCAGACCAGGACAAGUCCGUAGUCCCCAAAGUUUUGGUAGGCGGAUUCGGAUUCGGAUACGGAUUCGCUUCCACAAUUGUGUGCGCGUCCCAUGGCAGAACUGGUGCCGCUGCUGCUGGCUGGCUAGGGACCCCAAACCGGAAACGGAAACGGGCCACGCAAUCGGAAUUGGAACCGGAACUCGAACUCGAACUCGAUCUCGAACUGGUACUGGAACUGGAACUGGAACCGAUUUAGCAAACGAUCAAAGGUAUUAGCAAGGCAUGGACACCGCUGCCGCCGCCGCCGCUGCAGUCGCCGUUGAUCUGAAACCCGAUCAGCAGCUCCUCGGCAGUUCGACAAAGUCCAGGAUUGGACCCGGAGGCGGAGGCGGAGGAGGAGGAGGAGGAGGUGGAGGAGCUAGUGGCUGCGAUUGUCUUGGCAGCACCGUGGAGACCAUGUCGCUGACGCCGCCACCCACGCCGCCAUCGCGCGCCUGUGAUGUCGCCGUCGAAUCAGGUGUUCCCGGUGCCCAGGCCGAAACUCAUGCCAAGAACGGUCUGAAGGGCAAGGAGGCGACCGAAAGCGUGUCGCCAGCAACUGAACCCACUCAGCCGGAUCUGCCCGCCACCACAUCAACGUCUUCCGCCAAAGCUUCCAUAACGCCAACGUCUGCCCUGCCGGGAUCGGGAUUGGGAGUGGGAUUGGGAUCGGUGGGUGCAGCAACGGAGCAUCCACCAGCUGCAGCUCCUCCAUCAGUGCCCAGCAGCAGUAGCUCCGGAUCCGGAUCCGGAUCCGGAUCCGGCGAGAAUGUGGUCCAACUGCUGCCCUGGCAGGAAAUGCCCACGUAUCUGCAGUUCAAUCCGUACGUGCUCCGGGGAUACCGACCCCUGCAGACCUUCAAGGGAUGCCUGCUCAGUCUCUUCUACUGGCACAACGAGACCAUCAACAUACUGACACACGCCAUACCCAUCUUCUACAUCCUUGCGAUUGUGCCGGGACUGAUGCCCUGGGACAGUGGCUACAAGUUUCUGUCGUUCUGUCACGUCUUCGGAUCGGUGGCCCCCUGGUGCGGAAGCUUCGUCUACCAUCUGUUCAUGAACAUCGAGAAGGGCGAGAACGUCUACUACACGCUGCUCAAGCUGGACAUGGUGGGCAUCUGGGUGAGCCAGAGCUUCGGUGCCCUGCCCCUGGUCACGGCCACCACCUUGUGUUUCCCGCCGGUGCUCAAGUGGCUGAUCAUUGUCUCCUAUUGCGUGCUCUCGCUGUGGGGCCUCUACAAGGCUCUGACGGCCAGUUCGCCCUGGCAGCGGCGCUUGUGCUUCGCCCUGCCCUUUGGCAUGCGCUCCAUCCUGACCUUCCUGCGCAUCCGAGGAAUGGUGGGCGGCAGCCACAUGGCCCUUUCCCAUGUCUACCUGCAGGACGGCGUCUCCAUACUGGGCGGGGCCAUCGGAGCGAUGCGAAUCCCCGAGAAGUGGUUCCCAGGAGUGGUCGACUUCUAUCUGAACUCCCACAACAUUAUGCACGUGCUGGUCGUGGUGGCAGUUUACUCCAUGCACAAGGCCACCAUCAAGGACUUCGAGUGGAUGUCGACGCAGACCUGCCACACGGCCGCCAAUGCCACGGAGCAGGCUCUGGGGCACGUGGAGCUAUGACCCGCUUAUUGGCUGCUGCCGCUGGUGCUGCUGCCCUUGCCGUGGAUAAUCCUGGCCAAGAGGCGUGCCCGGCGGCACUUGAUCCGCGCCCUAAUCGCUCCCAUCGCCUGGCGGCGUAGGCAGGCCCAAGUCCCCGGAUGAGACUAGAUGUGACUGGAUGAGACUAGAUGAGUCUAGACAUCAAUUGAGACACUGAGGAGACGGAGGACGACGACGAACGCUACUUGAAUAUACCGUGUAUAAGAGAGCUGUUGUAGUAACAAUAUACAUAUGUAUAUCUAGGUGUAGGUAUAGGCCAUACAUAUAUGAACUGUAUGCGUGUAUUUACAUAUAGUACAUACUUCGACUGUGGUAUUAAGCAUUAAGGUUAUUUAAUAACUGAGACAAGACGAACAAUAGUCGGUCAAUAGGCAGGAGGGUUUUCGGAACCAAGUCUUCGGAUUUUCACGCUAAACUCUUGAGUAUACAGUUGCUAUAUGGCUGCAUAAUGGGUAAUAAGUAUUGAGUAAUGAGUAAUGAGUAAUGGGUAAUGAGUAAUUGUAAUGAUGAUUUGAAUGAUGUUGAUACACAUGUACCUCAUUGUGCUUACGACAACACAUCUUAUUUUCAAAUACUCGAAUGUAUAACUUUGUACCUCGUCGAAAAUUCUACAAUAAGAACACCUAUAAGCUAAUCUCUUCCUAGUUGAUCUUUUUAGAUAUGCAAAUUGUUAAUUUUGGCAAGCUAGUGGUAGUGUUAGCCUAGUUAAAGCUCCAAUCUGUGCAUAGUUGUGAACGAAACUCAACCACUCAGUUGUUGCUGUUGUGUGCCAGUAGUUAGAAACCCGUAUUCAAGUUGGACAAGUGUGAAACCAAAACAAUCUUCUUCUGGCGCGUCGCUACUGCAACGAAUCACGUACAUAUGGUACAUACGUAGUAGAGUUCGAUAUGAAUUGGGUUUAUAUCAUUUAUGUCAAUUGAUUGCGCAACAUUAACCUCAAGUAUUUAUUGAGCUCCCCGAGUAUUGAAUAAUAUUAGAAACCGCAAUAUUUAUUACGAGUACGAGUACCCUAGGUGUUAAGCAUUAGGGCUGGUAUACAACCAACUUAACUAAACGAUAGCAACUUUUCGGACGUGGGUCUAUUUUAAUCCUAGCAAAAUGUUUUAGUAGUGUCAAUAAUUUACACCACCCCGUGAACGAAAAAGAGAGAGAACAAAUCUAACAAGUGAAACGUAAGCUAACAAACUAAUUCAAACAAACAAAGCAAUAAUUAUAGGCAGACUCAAUGCUUUAAGUUUAAAGUUGCUGCUAGACGUAAGUGACAAUUAUACGAAUAAUGUAAAAUGAUUUUCUGAGAAGGUUAAUUAAUCAUUAAAAGUGUAUUUAAUGAGCAAACGAA